UUAGUCCCUCCCUCAUAGGCGUGGCAGUGCACUGCGGUACCCUGAUUGUCCUGUAUCAUCCGCACUGAGCCGAACAUCAUUCUCUCUUUUCCGUUAUUUCAAAACGCGUCGUCUGGGCUGAUAACAGUAGCGACAACUAUACAGUGCUUAAAGCCGUACCAGGACCUUCAGUAUGUUUUCAAUUGGAGGUGUGUCGACGCGCAUCUACAAGGAGCGCCUGCAGGCAGAAGGGAUGGGAGCGAAUGACUUGGCCAUCAAGUUCCUGAACCAGGACUAUGAGGAGCUGAGAAGGGAGUGUGUGGAGAGUGGCAGGCUGUUUGAGGACCCUUGCUUUCCUGCAGUGCCCCAAUCACUGGGCUUCAAGGAGCUCGCGCCAAACUCCUCCAAAACACGUGGUGUGAAGUGGAUAAGACCCACUGAGCUGUCAGAGAAUCCUCAGUUUAUAGUGGGCGGAGCCACGCGUACAGAUAUUUGCCAGGGGGCCCUAGGUGACUGUUGGCUUUUGGCUGCCAUAGCGUCGUUGACAUUAAACGACAAGCUGCUUCACAGAGUUGUACCACAUGGGCAAAGCUUUACAAAUGAGUAUGCUGGAAUCUUCCACUUCCAGUUCUGGCAGUUUGGCGAGUGGGUAGACAUUGUAAUCGAUGACCGCUUGCCUGUGAAGGAUAAAGAGCUGAUGUUUGUUCACUCAGCAGAGGGAAAUGAGUUCUGGAGCGCCCUGCUGGAGAAGGCAUAUGCUAAGCUAAAUGGCUCAUAUGAAGCUCUGUCCGGAGGUUCCACCACCGAAGGCUUUGAGGACUUUACUGGCGGAGUUGCCGAAAUGUAUGAACUGCGCAGCGCUCCCAAAGACCUGCACCGCAUCAUUGCCAAAGCCCUGGAGAGAGGCUCACUGCUGGGCUGCUCCAUUGAUAUCACCAGUGCCUUUGACAUGGAGGCUGUGACCUUUAAGAAGCUAGUGAAGGGCCAUGCUUACUCCGUCACAGCUCUCAGAGAGGUGAAUUUCCGUGGCAACAGAGAGAGAUUGAUCCGUAUCCGAAACCCUUGGGGACAAGUUGAAUGGACUGGGGCUUGGAGCGACAAUUCGUCCGAGUGGAAUGGGAUUGAUCCAUCGGAAAGAGAGGAACUGAACAACCACAUGGAGGAUGGCGAGUUUUGGAUGUCAUUUCAGGAGUUCAAACGUCAGUUUUCUCGUCUGGAGAUCUGCAACCUCACUCCUGAUGCUCUGAGUGAUGAUUCCCAACAUUUCUGGAACACAAUUCAGUUUAACGGCACUUGGAGGAAAGGAAGUACAGCAGGAGGCUGCAGGAACAAUCCCAACACAUUCUGGAUAAACCCUCAAUAUAAGAUCACACUACUGGAGGAAGAUGAUGAUCCUGAGGACAAUGAGGUGGCCUGCACCUUCAUGGUGGCUUUGAUGCAGAAGGACAGACGGCGUUUCCGCAAGCAGGGACAGGACAUGCACACCAUCGGCUUCGCCUUAUAUGAGGUCCCAGAUGAGUUUCUUGGCUCCCAGAAUGUUCACCUGAAGAAGGAUUUUUUCUUGCGUCACUCGUCCUGUGCACGCUCCGAGACCUUUAUUAAUCUGCGAGAGGUGAGCACGCGACUGAGGCUGCCACCGGGCGAGUAUCUCAUUGUCCCUUCCACUUUUGAGCCUGGAAAAGAGGCUGACUUCGUCCUGCGAGUAUUCACUGAGAAACAGUCAGAAACUCAAGAAAUGGAUGAUGAAAUUUCAUUUAACCUGGAAGAUGAAGAGGCAGUCUCAGAGGAGAACAUUGAUGCCUCGUUUAAAAAGAUGUUUGCUCAGCUGUCUGGAGAGGACAUGGAGAUUUCAGUUCACGAGCUCCGGACCAUUCUGAACCGAGUGAUGACAAAACACCGAGACUUAAAGACAGAUGGGUUCAGUUUGGAGUCUUGUAGGUGCAUGAUCAACCUGAUGGACAAAGACGGCAGUGCACGACUGGGAAUUGUGGAGUUCCAGAUUCUGUGGAAUAAAAUCAGGAAGUGGCUGGGUGUCUUCAGACAGUUCGAUCUGGAUAAAUCUGGAACUAUGAGCUCCUACGAAAUGCGCCUGGCUGUGGAGUCUGCAGGUUUUAAACUCAAUAACAAGCUACAUCAGAUCCUGGUGGCCCGAUAUUCAGACGGAGAUGUGAUUGACUUCGACAACUUUGUCUGCUGCCUGGUUAAACUGGAGGCCAUGUUCAAGUCUUUCAAAGAGCUGGAGAAAGAGGGCUCAGGUGUCGCAGAGCUCAAUAUUAGCGAGUGGCUGUAUUUGACCAUGUGCGGCUGAAGUGUGAAGAGUGUAUCCUAAAGGACGAGAAGGACCAAAAUCACACUCCAACUGCAGCUUUAAGCCAUUACACCCAAAGACGCCGGAGCAAUACAGUACAAACUGCCUUAAAACACAUCCAAUCCAACCAUCACACAAGCUUACGCCACUGUAUGCUUUUAUAAAGGACAUCCACAUUAUGCAAGAGUCCAUCAAUAAUGUAAAUGAUAAAUAUAUGAGUUGCAGCAUUUCAGAAAGCAAUGGCUUCAUGACUAACCGCAUGACUAAUCUUAACGCUGUAGGUUAUUUUAUUCUACCUUGCAUAUAUAGAUUAACUCUUAACAUUUUGAGGUUUGCACCAUUAUGGCCUUGCUAUUUAAAGACAUGUACAUUUGAUUUGAGAUCUUUUUAGGGUAUGAUUUUGAUAGUAUUUAUAAUCACUGUGAUCUGCUGUGCAAAGAUUAUUUAAUUCUUUAUAUAUAGAAGCAACAAGUACGUAUAGGAUAUUCAGGGAUUUGUGCUAGCCCAGACUAGAUCUUUCUUUUAUGCUGCUUCAAAGUAUGAAAUGAAAAUAAAGUUUCAAUUGAAACUUAUUGGUAUGUUAUGGGUUUUAAUUGCAAAUAUGGGUGUGUAUGUGAAAGGGCUGGAAUAUUAAUUUAAAAAUAUUAUUUACAUUUUGUAAAUAAAAGUAUUAUAUGUAUACGGUGGCCGAAAGAACCUAACGUAAUGCAAUUCAAGAAAACACAUGCAAUUACAAAAAAAAAAA